AUGGAUGAACAACAAGCAAGAAAGCUAAAAGUGGUUGAAUUGCGAACUGAAAUCAGUAAGCGUGGCAUCGUUCCAAAAGGUAAUAAAGCGGCAUUAUUACAGACGUUAUUGAAUGCAUUGAAAGAAGAAAGUGAAAAUUCACCCCAACAAGAAGAACAAGCUAUUGAAUCGCCAGUACAAGAUACUAGUGACAAUGAGAAAGAAGUAGUACAAGUACAGUCGUCGUCGAUUGAGGAAGAAAUGGAUGUUAGCCAACAAGAUACUACUAUCGAUGAUACACUGGAUGCUCGACCAUCUCCUUCUAAACGACAAAUGGCGAAAAAAUCCGCACGUAAUCGUCAAGCUAAUGAUGCCGCUAAUGCAGAUGAUAAUCAACCAUCAACACCGAUUCAGAAUAUCUCGGUAGUAGAAGAGGAUCAAUCAACGGAUGCAAUACAAGCUACCAUUGAUCAGCGCGAUAUUGAAGAGAGUGAUAGUAAUAAUGCACAACAAGUAGAAGCUACAAGUCAAGCUACGUCGGAAAAGGAAAGUGACAAAGGAGUUGAAGAAGCCACCAAUGAAAUGGCUGCUGUUGUUGAUUCUAAGCCUAUGGUUGAAGAAUCUACGGGUGAUAACGAAGUAAAUAAAAUGGAACAGCCUGAGCAAAGCAUGACUACUGCUGUUGGUGGUCGUAAACGUAAAGCUGAUGAAGCAUUGGAUAAUGCUGAUGAUAGCAAAACUGGUCAAGAUCAGGAUGAGGGCAAUAGCGCUGCUGCUGAUGACGAUAUGCCUGCUUCUACUGUAGAAGCGGAUAGCAAGUCUACAUCACGACAAAGCGAAGAGCCAAGUGAUUUCUGGUCGGAAGAAUUCGACGAGUCGGCAUUUGUGCUAGAUCGAUACAAUUCGGAUUUGCACGUAAAAAUCUCCAAGGAUGGAUUAAUUACCGAAGACUAUUAUAAAGGUGGAUUUGCAUAUCUAUGGGGAGGUAUUCGUGCAACCUACGGCGCAAAAAGUGGCAAAGUCUUCUAUGAAAUCAAGAUUUUGCAAUUUUCCUCGGUUGAAUUACCGGAUCCUGAAACUCAUAAAAAUGCUCUACGUGUCGGUUGGUCAGUGGACAGUCCAUAUUUUCAAUUAGGUGAAGAUAAAUACUCUUAUGGCUUUGGAAGUUCAGGAAAAGCAGCGACUACCAGUAACUUUUUCAGUUAUGGUAAAGAAUUUGGUGUUGGAGACGUUAUAGGCUGUUAUUUGGAUCUUGAAUCGGAACCUAGUACUGUGGGCUUUAUGAAGAAUGGUGAAGACUUGGGUUCUGCAUUUCAGUUAGCUGUUGAUUUAAGCGGUAAAGCACUCUUCCCUCAUAUUUAUCUAAAGAAUGCAAGAGUUCAAGUUAAUUUCGGGAACGAGGGAGAAAUAUGGUAUAAUCCUCCUGACGGCUAUAGUUACAUUGGAGGAUUGCGCCCUGACCAGUUAGAAAGGGCAGUUACUGGACCAACAAAGGAUGAUGAUUGUGAGGUAUUAAUGAUGAUCGGUCUUCCUGGUGCUGGAAAGACAACUUGGGCUGAAAAACAUUCAAAGGAUAAUCCUGAUAAGAGGUUCUACGUGCUAGGCACUAAUUUGAUUAUGGAAAGGAUGAGGGUUACUGGCUUGCAACGCAAAUAUAAUUAUCAAGGCAGAUUUCAGGAGUUAAUUUCCUUAUCUACUGAGUGCUUGGGCAAAUUGUUUGAAGUAGCUGGUAGAAUGAAAAGGAAUUAUAUUUUAGACCAGACGAACGUUUACGCUUCAGCUCAGAAGAAUAAAAUGCGUUGGUUUGCAGGCUUUAGAAAAAAGGCCAUUAUCGUAGUUCCCAGGCAUGAUGAAUUACAAAAGCGAUCAUCGAUACAAAAAGAGAAGGAGAAUAAAGAUAUUCCAUCUGAGACAAUCCGUGAGAUGAAGUUCAAUUUCACUUUACCAAUCGUUGGUGACAUUUUUGAAGCGGUAGAGUACGUGGAAGAGCGCGAAGAAAUUGCCAAAAAGAUUGUAAUCGAUUAUCAUCGUGAAGCAUCAUCAAGUGGCUCAUCGCGCAAGCAUCCACGCACGGAUAGUUAUAACCGAUACUAUCCUGACAGGCAGCGUAAAGAUAGGCAUGGUCAUUCAAACCAGAGCCAUAGAAAUAGUCAUCAGGACAGACGCAAUAUGGGAAACUCUUCACAACGUCGAUGGAUACCUGGUCAGGAUCAGCGACGUGGAAUGCCUCCCCGUUCGCGGCCUUCAGGAGGAAUGCGGGGACAUUCGCACAGAGGAUCAGGAUACCAAGAUCGUCCUAGAGAUCGUAACGAUUACAAUUAUCGCAGUUCCCAGUACAGUAGUGGACGAGAUUCAUCUUACAGGCAUCCCGGUGUCCCACAACAGUCACAUAGCAUGCAUAGUGGGGGAAGUUAUUAUAGCGGAGGACAAAAUCGUGGAACACCUAAUUACUAUUCACAAAAUUCGAGUUAUCCUAGCAGCUACGAUCAGAGUAAGAGCUAUCAGCAAUCUUAUGGUAGCAGUCAAGGCUACUCCGGCAGCAGUAGUAGCAGCCAGUAUCCUCAAAGUUAUAGCCAAUCAAGUUACAGUGGCAACCCUAGUCGCCAUUAUGAUAGCAAUUAUGCUAGCCAAUCAUCGUACGAUCAGUACAAUCGCAGUGGAUUCUCUGGUCAUAGUAGUAGCAACAGGAGUAGCCAAGGCUACAACAGCACAAGUAGUGACUCGUAUUACAGACGUAGUUAA